AUGUUUUGGAAAGAUAAAUGGAGGGGAGAUGACUUAACCCUCAAAGACAAAUACCCUGUUUUAUAUCAGGUGAGUCAGCAACAGGACCUUACUAUCAGCUUAAUGGGUCAUCAUGUUGACAAUAGAUGGGACUGGCAGAUACAAUGGAGGAGAAAUUUCUUGGAUCAUGAAAUUGAUAUGGUGGCAGCUUUCAUGGACGAGAUUGAUGGGGUUCAGAUUCACCUUUCUAGACUAGAUCAUCUCACUUGGAGGGCUGAUCCUACUGGGUCCAAUUCUACAAAGUCAGCAUACAACCUACUCAUGGAAGAUGGCUGUUCUGAUUAUGAAGACAAUGCCUCCAGGAUUAUGUGGAACCUGAAAAUUCCUCCAAGAGUAGCUGCCUUCUCUUGGAGAAUUUUUAAAAACAGAUUGCCUACUAAGGCAAACCUAAGAAGGAGGCAGGUGUUUCUACCAUCGUACUCAUGUCGUUUAUGCGAUGUAGAGGAGGAAACUGUUGGCCAUGUCAUGUUCUCUUGCACAAGAACUAGGAGUCUUUGGUGGGAGGCUUUGAGAUGGGUUGAUAGAGUGGGCCCUUUCCCCACUGAUCCUAAAGAUCACUUCAUACAAUUCUCAAGCUGGAGUAGCAAAAGAUAUAUAGACAAUAGAUGGGCAGUGCUUUGGAUAGCUUUAUCCAUGACUAUUUGGAAGCAUAGAAAUUCAGUGGUUUUUAAUAACCAGAUUUUCAACUCCGAAAAAGCCAUGGAUGAAGCUUUAUUCCAUACAUGGGCAUGGUUAAAAUGUAUGGACAAAGACUUCCAUAUUCAUUUUAAUCAAUGGUCCACUAGCUUGAGGGAGGAGUUGUCUUAG